GAAGCGGGGAGAGCGCUAGUCGCGGGAAAAAUGGCGGAAAUGUGCGGCGUCUUCAUGUUUCCAACAUCAGCGACUGUAAAAAUCACAUCGUAAACCUCAGCCUGCGUGUGUCCGUCUGCGUGAGGAGGCACGGUGUGUAGCAGCGGAGCAACACAGCUGUUCUCUGUUUAUAGAGAAUGAUCUGGGUGUAGGAGGGAUGCACGAUGCAAAAAGAUUCCAUGCACUUUGCCAUCUCUGGCCACACGAUGCACAGGCAACCUGCCCCUGAAGAGUCCUCCGUCAAGUCUUUCUGCUGCAGUGACUGCUCGCUCGUCUUCCCCUCCAAGAUCUCCCUGUUUCAGCAUGUGACCUUUGAGCAUGGCUUGGAGUCUGCGGAGGAUGACGCUGACGACGAAGGCAACAGCGUGGAAAGUAUUUAUUUAUGUCACAGCUGUGGUUUUAUAGCUCGUGGCCAGGAUGAGUUAAACGAACAUGAGAAACAGUGUGGUAAGAAGCCGGAGAAUCAAGUUGAGACACGGAAUCCUAUUGUUCUUGGAAGCCACAAGAGUGAAAUAGGCGCAGUCAUGUCUACCUCAAAAUCUCCAUGCAUGCUUAACUCGUCAAAAGAUCUGAAAACGUACAAGGGGCCGCUGCAAAUGCAAACAAUCACUAAAUUCUUAACAGCAACACCUCGAUCACCCUCAGCGAAGUCAGCCGAGAGCCCGGUGUCCCUGAGCAGCACCAAAGGAACCCUGCUUCUGCAACAAUCUCCCUCAGACCUCAGCCCAAACAGCAGCGGUGUGUUUAAAGUCACCGCAAAGUCCAGGAUUGAUAUGACUUACGCCACCCCUAACCACUGUAUGCUAGAUAAUCACUUUUUACUCUCCGAGCUGAGAUCUCACACGCCCAAGGAACAAUGCAAUGACGCAGUUUAUGAAAACUACAAGAAGAGGAGCAACCGGGGAUGCCCGGAGAGUCAACCGGCUAAAAAAACUAAGUCGGACGAAGAGGAGACGAAACUCCGAGGGAACGAGGACCCAAGUAAACAACCGCCCAGCAGCACUGACCUUUCAUUUGAAUUUAGCGACGAUGAACAAGAAAAGAAGGGUAAGCUCCCCAAUAGAGACGCGGAAAGCCCAAACACUUAUUUUUGUAAACACUGUGACUACAGUGAUGCUGUCAUCAGACGCAUGUCCUUCCAUUACCAGAGCGACCACCCUUACUUAAGAUGUAGCUCCAUGUACAUUCAGGAUCCCAGUGAUCAGAGCGUCACCUUCCGCUGCCUGGAGUGUCCCAUUGAGUUUUUAGCUGAAGCCCACCUUCAGAGACACUACACAGAAAAACAUCCAGACGCCCCCAAAGUGUUCAUGAUGCAUUCAUGUGAGCUGGUUUACAAAUGUUUUGUGUGUAAGUUCAUCAGCAAUGAAUUGAAAGCCCUGACAGAACAUUACAAAGAGGAGCACCCGAAACAUAAAGCGGAUGAUUCCUUGUUGUACUGCAAAUAUACAGUGCCUGUGUGCCAAGAGGGAUCGUCAGAGUUGAACACGUGUAGGAAAACGCACAGCCCAGAAACAUCGGAGGGGAUUUCUCCCAAGAACGCAGAUGCACAACCUGCAGAAAUCAAAAAUGCACCCUCGCCCCUACACCCCACCUCCAGAGGAGAGGAUGUGGUUUUGUAUCAUUGCAGCAGCUGUAUAUUUAGUCAUAAGUCAGCAGUCGGUAUGCAUGUCCACUAUCAGAAAAAACAUCCAGACGAAAUGGUCACAAUCAACAAAAUCAAACAGUCGGCUUCUGUCAUAUCGCAAACAACAUCCCAGGCGACACCUGAGAGUUCAUCGAAUGUAACGGAGAACUCUGUGCCUCAAAAGGACACCUCCGGUUCCCCCAAAACGGAAAAAAGCAAAGCUGUGGUGCCACAGCAGAAGGUUUCAUCACCUUUAACGUCUCCGAAGAACACAACAGACACUUCUAAGACUCACUCAGAGUCUCCCAAAAUAGAGAAAGUGAAACCUGAAGCGGACAUAAAGAAAACCAAGACACCCCCUAGCAAAUGGAACCGGGAGCUGUCGUCUGGAAUCGACGGUUCAUCCUCCAGCUCACUCGAUAAAGUGUUCUACUGCCAGUUCUGCACCUUUUCAAAUACCAACAUCAGAAGCGUCGUUGCUCAUCAUAACAUGAAACACGCUGAGCUCGGACUAACGGGCACUGAGGAGGUCUGGUGGUAUAACAACAAGUUGCAAAAAAAGAAACUGCAAAGUGAAGCCGAGACCUCAACAAGUGCUGCGUCCUCUCAUUCUAAAUCUAGUGAAAGAGUUGAGGGGUGGAAGGAAAGAAAACGGCAGAAUGAAGAAGCUACCUCCAAGACGGAAGUUAAUCCCUAUGAAUGUGUCGAAGACUUGUUUUACUGCCAAGUGUGCAACUUUGGAAAUGUCAGUUUAAAGGGAAUUAUGAACCAUCAAGCCAAAGCUCACCUGCACCUGAUUGCAAACCACGAAUCUAUCCUUAAACACACAGCUCUGGUUCGUGCUGAAAUCAAAAAGUCUCACACGAAGGACGACUCCUCAUCUUUUCGUCUACCUCUCCCGCUCAUGAAUGAAGGCGACAUGGACUGUUUUUUCUGCCACUUUUGCAACUACAGACAUAAUUGCGUGACCCAAGUAUUGAGGCAUUACGUCAGCAGACAUCCUGGGUUUGUGGUUAAGAACCAACAAAUCCUGCAAUACACUUCUACGCUUCUCAAGCAGAUGGAGGAGUCGCACCCGGAAAUGUCUGCAAGCCGAGAAGAUAGUCGUGUGACCCUUCAGGAAAAAGUGACUAAAAAGAAAAAAGUAAAAACACUGGCUAAACGCUCGUCGGCGUCGCCCUCGGUGUCGGAGUCGGAGUCGGACACACAGACACAGAGGACCCUUAAGUGCUACAGAUGCACGUACAGCACUCAGUAUGUGAAUCUGUUGAGGAGGCACAUGUUGAAGAUUCACAAGACAAAUCGCAGGACAACUGAUAUUUUAAGAGUGUGUUAUAGACAAGGGAUGUUGGAGACGGGUUAUCACUGUGACAGGUGUGUUUUCUCCCACAAGAGUGCAUCAGUAGUGUUUCAGCACAGCCAGGAACAACACCCAAACCGUAAAGUGAGUCUCGAGUACAUUUCCACCAGGUUGUAUGUCGGCCCCGAUUCAUUUGUUCCUAAACGGAAAGAAAAGCAUAAAACGACCCACACUGGUGACGUGAGUGAUGGUGAUGGGACAACUGGACAAAGUGAGACUAAGAUGUUUUCGUGCAGAGCGUGCUCAUUCAAAGGAAGCUCAAUGUCAAGUAUCACACGCCACUGCUGUGCUGUGCAUCCCUGGUCCGUGAAAGACGACGGCUCCGUCCUGAACAUCAUCACCAGCAAGAAGUCAAGUCCUCAGACUGUGGAAGACCACACAGAAAUUCCAGAAUCAUUCGACAGCUACCAAGUUCCUCUUGGACACAGCGACUCACCCGAUUCACCUCAUGAAGCUGCAGAUUGUUCCAACUGGUUCAAGUGCAAACAUUGCACUGCAUGGUUCAGUACCUGGCACGGUCUCAACACUCACACUGGAAUGAAACACCCAGAAGCUAAAAUUGAUGCGACAGCACACGUGCAUGUUUUCAAAUGUCCACAUUGUACUUACAUCAAUGCCAGCUAUCAUGGAGUUUUAACUCACUGCCAGAUAAGGCAUCCUGACUCUGAGUCCAGGGCAGACAGUCAUUUCAUGGAUGAAAUGCAUCUACGCAGCUGGAACCACUCUUUGACUAAAAAAGGCUCGGGUGACCCUUCAAGAUUUAGCGGCUACAUGUGUGAAACUUGUCCUCAAAUCAGUGCAACUCUGGAGAAGCUGAACAAGCACUGUGAGAGAGAGCAUGAUAAGACCGAUCCGAACACCGUGCACAAACCGUCAACUGUAAGAAAACUACACCAACCUAACACCUACAGCUCUGUGUCAAAAGCUUCCUUCCUGCAAAAGAAAAAAUAUCCAGUGAUGAAGUGCCAGCUGUGCAGUUAUACUUGCAGCACAAAAGUUGGGCUCAAUCGCCACAUGCGUGUGAACCACAGGCACUCAUCUUAUUCACAGUUUAAGGAUUGUGUAUUCAAGUGUGCCUUGUGUCCGAAGUUGUACUUCACAAAAAAGCAUCUUGCACGCCAUUAUACUGAUAAACAUGGAAAGCGCUCCCUCUCGAAAUACUUUGCGCCAGUGUACCCGCACGUCAAAGCGCUAACGUCCCCUGACUGCCCUUCAACUCAGCAACCAGAGAACACGUCUGAGUCUAAGUCUAGCGCAACAGGAGAAGACGGGAAGAUAUUAGUGUAUAAGUGUCCGUCCUGUCCCUAUGUGAACGCUAGCUACCAUGGAACGCUCACUCACUGCCAAAUGAUGCAUCCUGCUAUCAUAGUCAGAGCAGACGGACUUCAAACGGACAGAAUACUCGAAAGCAACAUGGUCCAUAGUUGGACGGGAAAAGGUUCGAAGCAUAAAGGGUUCACGUGUGAGAAAUGUCCACUAAUUCAUGCAUCGUUGUUAAAACUGAAAGUCCAUUGUGAGAGGAGCCACAAACAGGCCCAACCCGCAGGUUCUGAACUUUCAGUUGAGACUGAAACUGAAAAACAGCCUGAUCACGGCUCCGGGGGCUCAACAUUAGAGGCUUCCUCUUUAAAAAUCAAAUCAUCCCCAGUCAACGCCACAAAAACUGACCACAAUCAACAGCUGGGCUCUCCUGAAACCUGUCAGGUGUCCGUGCAAAACAAGGAAAUGCUGUACGAGUGUGACAUGUGUUCCUACACAGGAAUAUGUAGAAAGUACCUGCACUGUCACUACAAAAACAUGCACAAGUUGGAUGCAUUAACCAUAUACAAGCAGCUGGAGAGGUAUAACAAGCGUAAAUACUACACGCCCAAAUUUCCAUCUGAAGAAAGGGUUCGAUGUAAGAAGUGCCCACAGUUAGUGUUUGACACAUCUCAGCUGCUCAUUGUCCACUACACCAACAUUCACAGCUCCAACUUUAAAAUGGACUUUACAGUGAUAAAGCGAAGAACAAAAAAGAACCCAGGACUCUUCAAGUGUGACCACUGCAGCAAACACAUAGUUGGAAUCAGGAAGCUGUGUUACCACCUGGAACGCCAUGAAGGAAGGAUGAAGACAACGGCGAUGGAUGCAAAGCCGAGGGCAUCAGUUGCCAUGACGACAACACCAGAGGCCCCAUCCAAUGAAAUCUGUCGACAAGACGAGCCGCCCAUGUUAGAACCCAUGGACGACCUGACUCCCUCGAAUGUGACGCCAGAGAAGACGUUAACUCUGCAAACGGGGCUGCCGGAGGAAUCGCUGGAAGACAAACGCACCUGCGGACAGUGUGGACGGACGUUCAUGUCCCUGAAAGGUUUGCGCUCACAUGAGCGCAGCCACGCAGCGCUGGCGGCCAUCAAGAAACUGGACAAACUGUCUACCUCACUAUUGAAGCACAACAUAAAUGAAUACGUCGUCUACAAAUCUGGGACCCUCCGGCCGUUCCUCUGCAGUUUCUGUUCCUAUCGGACGACCGUCUUUGGCCUGUGGAGGAGUCAUUUUAUCAGGAAACAUCAAGAUGUGAUUAUGAAUGAUGGGGAGACUGAAAACGAAGACGAGGCGAACUCGCAGAGAAACAACCAGGAUCCUCCUCAAUUAUCAGAGGAAAACAACAAUUUGCCCGAACCUGAAGAAGAAGUUGAAAUAACUGAAAGAUCAAUGUACCUGGAGCCUCCAGAUGUGCAGCGGCAGCUGAACCACUACAGCUUGAUGGCGCAGACUGGACGUGCAGCCAAAGCCAAGGUGCAAGAAACCGAGUUACCAGAGAGCUGUUUGCUCCACUGUGAGCUCUGCAGUUUCAGCACUGGACACUUUUCCAGUGUGCGACGACAUUACUUAAACCGCCACGGGAAGAAGAUCCUCAAGUGUAAGGACUGUGAUUUUUUCACUGGAUUUAGGAAAACCCUUGAGAUGCACAUGGAGGCCAGUCACUCUACAUUUCAGUCAGAGCCGACCCAUCUGAGGGACCUCCGCUGCCCGCUCUGCCUCUACCAGACCAGGAACAAGAAUAACAUGAUUGAUCACAUCGUCCUACAUCGUGAGGAGCGCGUCGUGCCGAUAGAGGUGCGUCGCCCAAGGCUGUCCCGUUACCUCCAGGGCAUCGUCUUCCGCUGUCACAAAUGCACUUUCUCCUGCGGUAGUGCUGAAAACCUGCGUUUGCACAUAACGAAGCACGAUGACGUCAAACCCUACAAGUGUCGACUGUGCUACUUCGACUGCCCUCUGCUGAGCGACCUAGAGGCACACCUGGGCGAUAAGCAUCAGGUUGAGAGGAACCAUGAGCUUGUGGGUCAGGUCAGCCUUGAUCAGCUAGAGGCACAGGAUGGUAGGAUAGCAGAGGAAGAAGAGGAGGAGGAGGAGGAACCGUUAUCAAAUUCUGAGCAGCACAACAGCCAGAGGGAGGAUGUGAAAAUCGGGGUUGUCUCAGGCUGCAAUGAAGUUCAGUACGAAACAGUGGUUGCGGACCCGGCAGAAAAUAAAGUUCCAAAGAAAGUUACACAACAGUUGAAGGAAGCAUGUCUGAAGCAUGAGCAGGAGACUGCAAGAGGACAGACGAUCAAACCUACAGUAGAAAUGAGUGUCAGGAAAGGAAACGCUGCAGAGUCUGAGGAAAGCGACGGUUCAGAGAGAGAGAGGCAGACCAACGAGAACCAAGCCCAACUCAAAGUGAGAGGUAGUGAGGACAACAGCGUAAUGUCCACACGCCAAAGAGAGAAGGCAGCCGAGAGGAACUCUGCAACAUGUGAUGAGACGGUGGAUAAAAAAGAGUCCAAGUUAAGUUUUAGGACGCUGCAGCACAGAACAUCAGCCGUUGAGUCGAGAGCAGAAGACAAAAUACUGCGUCACAUCCUGGUGUUGGAUGAGGACAGCAGCGUCCGCAAGAUGCACAACAAGGCAGAACACGAGAGGAUGGUUAACAAAGAGCAGAACAUGGAGACCAAGGUUCUAGAUAAUGUUCUAAGUGAGCUGCUGGACGAGGAGUGUAAAAUGUCUUUGGGCCAAAAACUGACAACUAAAUAUGAUUCAGAGGCAAAGAAAAGUCACAUGCAGGGAAAUAACCUCAGGAGUCGGGAGGAUUUAAAAUGUGGAAGUCCUUCCCGAACGCCUCUUCCAGUCUGUGUCCAACUGAACGAGGAGAGCUCAGGUUUGUCGUCAACACACUGCAAAGAGGAACAAGUGAGCAAACAGGAAUACGUUGAGGAGCUAUCGGACCCGUAUGGAGAAAUGCCAGUGCUUGAGAAUGAAUAUCUGAAGGAGACAUCGUACCCGCAAGUCAGCUGCAAGGAGGAAGAAGAGGAAGAAGAGGAUGAGCUCGAGCAGCGGCAGGACAAAGGAGAUGAAGCGAUGACUGAAGACGACAAGAGCGGAUGCAAAGAUCGGGACCAAGAGGAGGGAGACGGGAUGGAGGAGGCCAACAGUCCACGCGUGGGCAAAAGUGAGUUAACAGCUGCAGGUGGAGCUUCUGAAGUCCCGCUUCCCUCAGUCACAGAAAAUAAACUUUACACCUGUGAACUUUGUGGACGAAACCUCGUGAGCGGCUCGGACUUGAAGCGUCACACUAUGAGACAUGGAAUAUAACCGUUUUCAUGACGUUGCGGACGUCAAGACUCAGCUUCCACUGUUGAUUUUUGAUUGGGGAGGUUAGAUUGUUAGUGUGAACUGUCCUGUCCCCUACCUUUUUACUUUAAUAUUUGUAAACAACUUGUUAACCACUUAAUUUUUCAUGUUUUGUAGAUUUUUUUAACUUUUUUAAUGAUCUGAUAUUAUUCUACAACUGUUAUGAGUAGGAUUGAUUUGUUGUUUUGUCCCCUUCAAUAAAUAAAACUUCAGAAAUUAGGUGGUGACCAGAUAAUGUGACACAGUUAAAUCCUUCUUAUUACAGGAUACACAUAAAUAACCAUCAUGCACAGAUCCCCAUUUAAGUGACAGGAGAUAUUAAAUAUGUUACGACUGUAAAAACUUGCAAAAAAUCUCUACUGUGAACUGUUGUUCCAAAUAAACUUUACCUCAUGGUUGUUUAAUACCUUCA